ACAAGUAACGUUACCACUAUGAUAUAUAAGGUAGCGCAUGCCAUCCUGCCAUUCAUUUCAGUCAACAAUACGAAAAGUGAACUUUGCAAGUGUAUGUGAAAAGCUCUUUGAAAUCGGACAAAACGCGCUUGUGCCAUAAAAUUCAAUACCGAUUAUUUAUUAAUUGUGGGAAGAUUUCGGUGCGAUAAAGUGCAUGUGAUGCUUCAGUCGGAAUGAAGACUUAGUUAAAACUCCAGACAUGUCAGUGGACCAAGAUCCGAUUGUUUCAUCCGAACCAUCACCGACUUCCCAUUUAGAAGUUCCGCCACACAAUCGCAAAGUUAGCAUAAUUGAAGGUCUCCACGGACACGAUAACUUAGCGUUCGAAUCUCCGAGAAGUCGGAAAGUGUCCGCCAACUCGGAGCAUGCGGAAAUUGGACCGGUGCGGAAAAAAAGCAUCCUGCACAAUGCACAUCCAGUGGAAAAUCUCAGCCUGUCGGCCCAUACCGAUCAAGGCAAAGAAGAAAUCAAGAGAACAAAGUCGUAUUGCUGUUACGUGGUGCCAGCUUGGGAUAGUGGUAAACAAGUCAAUGGGGACCUCAGGUCGAAAAAAAACUCAGUCACAGAAUCGCUCCACUCAAAAACGCGCUUUUCGGAAACCGGCGAAGAAGAAAACGAUGAUAGGUCAUGGUGGUAUCUGUUCUGCCUCAAAUGCCGGCAAGAGGAGACCCAUCCCUCGUGGCAGCCUCCCGUGUGGCCCCGAAUCUGCCCUUACCCCUUCUGCCCCACGUACCGCCAGUUCUCCAGAAUGAUCGCGCUCGCCCUCAUCGGGACGCUAUCCUGGUGCAUCCUCUACGCCAUCGUCGGGGCCACCGCUGCCCCAGGUGGGCAUUUAUUCCAGCUGAUCCUCCUCUGCAUCUGUGCACACUUUGGGGGAUGGUUGAUGAGUCUCACCACGCUACCGGCGCUAAUCGGCAUGCUCUUCACCGGGAUGCUGUUGCAAAACCUGGGCAUCGUAAACAUUGACGAUUCGUUUGCCCACAUCACCAAAGAGUUACGACAUGUUGCCCUCGUGAUUAUCCUAAUCAGGGCCGGGCUUGACUUGGAACCGGACGCUUUGAAGCGGCUCAAAUUCACCGUGAUCAAGCUGGGGCUCGGACCGUGGGUUGUCGAGACCGGGAUUGUUGCAGUUCUAAGCCGCUAUUUCCUCGACUUACCGUGGGAUUUUGCCCUUCUUCUCGCAACCAUCGUGGCAGCCGUGUCCCCAGCUGUGGUGGUGCCUUGUCUCUUCAGACUGCGGACGCGGGGCUAUGGCGUGGCAAAAGGAAUCCCAACACUUAUCAUAGCCGUGGCUGGAAUCGACGAUGCCGUUUCAGUUGCGAUUUUCGGCAUUGUUAAGAGUAUCAUGUUUUCGAACGAUUCUCUCACGUUCCAAAUCCUCCAAGGGCCGAUUUCUGUGCUUGGAGGGCUCGGAUUUGGCCUACUUUGGGGGAUAAUUUGCAAUUACGCCCCGGAGAGACACGACCCCUUCAUGGUUCCUUUGCGAGUCCUCCUGUUGCUAGUCGGGGGGAUGAUUUCAGUCUUCGGGAGCGAGUUGAUCGGUUAUGGGGGCGCAGGGCCUUUGGCAUGUGUCUCGGUCGCCUUCGUUUCACUGUAUUGUUGGUCGAGACAAGGGUGGGAAAUCGAAGAUAAUCCAGCUGCCACUGCUUUUGAAAUCUUCUGGAUGAUCUUCGAACCUGUUCUCUUCAGCAUAACCGGAGCCCAAGUCAAACUUGACGAACUCGACGGUUACAUUGUCUCGAUUGGAGUGGCGAUUUUAAUUGCCGGGAUUGUUAUUAGAAUAGCCGUGACGGUUUUACUAGGAAUCGGCUGCAAGUUAAACUUGAAGGAGAAAAUUUUCGUUGCGUUAGCGUGGAUGUCAAAGGCCACGGUUCAGGCCGCCUUGGGCCCGCUGACGCUGGGUGUGGUGAAAGAAAACACGGAGGAACACGACUAUGCCGAGAAAAUUUUAAUGGUGUGUGUUAUGUCUAUAAUUCUAACUGCGCCGACUGGAGCGAUUUUGAUCAUUUUGGGCGGACCUCGGCUGCUCACCAAGACUAAAUUUCCUGAAGUACCUGAAGGGUGGCGAAGGAGUCAUCGGCCAUCGAUUAGAGAUAUUAGCAUCAUUGAUGAGGAAGAGGAGCGGGAUGAGAAUGUUGAGGCAUCAAUGUCUACCACAGUGAGUCAGAAGGACUCGCCCAAGGGCGAAACAUAAAGCUGCAGAAAAUAUUAUAUUCUUUAUCUGAAUGUAAAAUACGUAUUUUAGUAUGUGUAAAUAAUGUCAGUGUACAAAUGUAAUGUAGGUGAAUCUAUUUUAUUAUGGUUGUCUGAAACGAUGUUGAAUUUUAACGAAAUUUAAAACUUGUAGGUGAACAUUUGUAUGUUUUUAGGCUGGAUGUUCGAUUACUGAAUACAAUAAAUUUAUUACUUCUCGUUUUAA